AUGCUUAGAGCUUUCAGACAUUUAAAUUACGCUCGAGGCAGUUAUGCCCACGCUUUCAAAGCUCAGGCUCAAGCCCAUGCCAGGAGCAGUGUUCGUGCCUCUGGUGCUAUUGCCAUUGGGUCUGUUCGGAGCUUGGCCACCGACACCUUUGCACUUUCGAACAAUUCCAACUACAUUGAGGAGAUGUAUGAAGCCUGGCGUCAAGACCCUAAGUCUGUCCAUGUUUCGUGGGACGCUUACUUCAAAAAUUUGGAUGCUGGUGUUUCGCCAUCUGCUGCUUUCUCGGCUCCGCCCACUUUGAUUCCUACCCCAGCUGGCGGUGCAGGUGUUGGUUUCAAUCCAGGUGCUGGUGGACAUAGCGAGGAUGUCGUCACUCAUUUGAAGGUACAACUUCUAGUUCGUGCAUAUCAAGUUCGUGGUCACCAGAAAGCCAGAAUUGACCCUUUGGGCAUUUCCUAUGGUGAUCAGCUGGAUGUACCUAAGGAGUUGACUUUGGAACAUUAUGGAUUCACUGAGAGCGACAUGGACAAGUCUAUCACUCUUGGUCCUGGAAUCUUACCGCGUUUCGUCGAAAAUGGUAAGAAAUCGUUGACAUUGCGUGAGAUCGUCGAUGCUUGUGAGCGCUUGUAUUGUUCAUCAUAUGGUGUCGAGUAUAUUCAUAUACCAUCCAAGGAGCAGUGUGACUGGUUGAGGGAAAGAAUAGAGAUCCCUCAACCUUUCAAAUACUCCUCCGAUGAGAAGAGGCAAAUUUUGGAUCGUUUAAUUUGGUCGUGCUCUUUCGAGUCUUUCUUGGCGACGAAGUUUCCUAACGACAAAAGAUUUGGUCUUGAAGGUGCGGAAGCCGUUGUUCCAGGAAUGAAAGCCAUGAUUGAUACCUCUGUUGAACACGGAAUUGAAGACAUUGUAAUCGGAAUGCCGCAUAGAGGAAGAUUAAACAUGUUGUCGAACGUUGUUAGAAAGCCAAAUGAAUCGAUCUUCUUCGAAUUCACUGGUUCGAAAGAGUUUGACGAGGGAUCGGGCGACGUCAAAUACCACUUGGGUAUGAAUUACAAAAGACCUACAACUUCCGGUAAACAUGUGAACUUAUCCCUUGUGGCAAAUCCCUCGCAUUUAGAAGCCGAGGAUGGUGUUGUUUUGGGUAAAACUAGAGCCAUUCAGGAAUACAAGACCGAUACAGGUGAAUUCAAGAAAGCCAUGGGUGUCUUGUUGCAUGGUGACGCCGCAUUUUCCGCUCAGGGUGUUGUCUAUGAGACUAUGGGCUUUGCAAAUUUGCCAGCAUACUCUACAGGUGGUACUAUUCACAUCAUCAUAAACAAUCAGAUUGGUUUCACCACUGAUCCACGUUUUGCAAGAUCUACCUUGUACCCCUCGGAUAUCGCCAAGUCUAUCAAUGCUCCUAUUUUCCAUGUCAACGCAGACGAUAUUGAAGCUCUUACUUUUGUGUUCAAUUUGGCAGCUGACUGGAGAGCAACCUUCCACUCUGAUGUGAUCAUCGAUGUCGUUGGUUACAGAAAGCACGGUCAUAAUGAAACCGAUCAGCCUUCUUUCACUCAACCAUUGAUGUAUAAGAAGAUUGCGGAGAAGAGGUCUGUGCUCGACUACUACGUCGACAAAUUAAUUUCCGAGGGCACAUUUACGAAAGAAGACAUCGAUGAGCAUAAGAAGUGGGUUUGGAAUCUCUUGGACGAGUCUUUCGGUAAGUCCAAGGAGUAUCAGCCAACGUCGAGAGAAUGGUUAACAACUCCGUGGGAGGAUUUCAAAUCUCCAAAAGAAUUGGCCACAGAGAUCUUGCCUCAUUUACCAACUGCUGUUGAUGCUGAAACAUUAAAGAGUAUUGGAAAACAUAUUUCGGAGACCCCUAAGGGAUUCGAGGUCCACAGAAACUUGAAGCGUAUUCUCAACACGAGAAAGAAGACUGUUGAAACUGGUGAGGGAAUUGACUGGGCCACCGGCGAAGCUUUGGCCUUCGGUUCCCUUUGUCUCGAGGGCUACCAUGUCAGAGUUUCUGGCCAAGACGUUGAGAGAGGUACAUUUUCACAGCGUCAUUCCGUUUUGCACGAUCAGGAGUCGGAGAAGGUUUACACUCCACUCAAUACCUUAUCCGAAGAGCAAGGUCCCUUCGUGAUCUCUAACUCCUCUUUAUCGGAGUACGGAGUGAUGAGUUUCGAAUACGGUUACUCGCUUUUCUCCCCUGAUGCCCUCGUUCAGUGGGAAGCUCAAUUUGGUGAUUUUGCUAACACGGCGCAGGUUGUGGUUGAUCAAUUUAUUUCGGGAGCGGAAUCUAAAUGGAAGCAAAGAUCAGGAUUAGUCUUGUCUUUACCUCAUGGUUACGAUGGACAGGGUCCCGAGCACUCUUCAGGAAGGAUUGAAAGAUAUUUGCAGAUGUGUAAUGAGGACCAACGUUACUUCCCUUCAGAAGACAAAUUGGAGAGACAGCAUCAGGAUUGUAACAUGCAAGUUGCUUACCCUACAACCCCAGCUAACCUCUUCCAUUUGUUGAGACGCCAGAUGCAUAGACAAUUUAGAAAGCCUUUGGUCUUGUUUUUCUCAAAACAGUUGUUGAGACAUCCCUUGGCAAAGUCUGAAUUAACGGAGUUUACUGGAGACUCACACUUCGAAUGGAUCAUCGAUGACCGUGAGUUGGGUAAAAGCAUUCACGACAGAGAUGGCAUUGAACGCAUAGUACUCUGCUCGGGUCAAGUGUACACCGCUUUGCAUAAGAAGCGUGCCUCUCUUGAGGACAAGAGUACGGCCAUAAUCAAAAUUGAGCAAUUGCAUCCAUUCCCCUUUGCGCAAUUGCGUGAUACUUUGAACAAAUAUCCAAAUGUUCAGGAUUUGGUCUUUUGCCAAGAGGAGCCUUUGAACAUGGGAUCCUACUCCUAUGUUGCACCUCGUAUGGUUACCACGUUAGAAAACACCGAGAAGCAUGCGGGAUUUGUGAUGCGCUACGCAGGAAGAGAUCCUUCAGCUUCCAUCGCUGCCGGUUCCAAGGCGAUGCACAACGCCGAGGAGGAGGCCUUUUUGAAAGAAGUUUUUCAGGAAUCUUGA